UUCUGUCAUAUCAAUCCAAGAGACGCGAGAUCACGUGUGUCAGACGAGUGUGCGCGGCCGCUGGUGUGAGGCAGAGUCCACAAAGACAGAGGGGAAAAGAAAAGAAAGGAAAGCAGAAAAAAUAGAAAAAAAGCGUGUGAUCAUCCUACCAGACAACUAUCGAUAUUCACAGACGUGAAAUACUUAUGUAUCUCCAACAAAGUUGUGGUGGAAUAGGCAGUUUGUGUCCCGUGUGGAGGCGGCAACCGAGUAAUCGUUAAGUCGACACGUGGCAGCACUGGUCUCGGGAAUGCUUUUUUUGCGAUCGUUGAGUGUGGUUGCUGAGAGGACAGACUUCCCAUACGUGUUGUGUGCGACGCUCUCCUCGUGGCUGUGUGACACUGCUGUAACAUACACUUUUUACGCGUGGGGAGAGCCGCGAGUUGAUCCUCCAAGAUGACUGAAACGAACAAGUUUGACGAUCUUCUCACCCACCUUGGUACCGGAUUCUGGAACUUGUUCAUCUUCUUUAUCUCAUUCUACUGUAUGAUGAUGGUACCUCCACAGUUCAUCAGUGGAGUGUACCUCGCGCCUGCCAUCAACUACACCUGCUUGCCUCCAGAAGGGAACGAGAGUGUAGUUGUGUCUGAAGACUCGUGCAGUUACACGAGAUUGACGGAGGCCGGGACGGAGGUGGAGGAGGCGUGCACCGAGUGGGACUUCGAUACCUCCGUCUUCAGCAGCACCCUCACCUCGGAGUUUUCUCUGGUGUGUGGAAGGAGGUACCUGCAGGCUUUAUACCAGAGUGCCUACGUGAUUGGUACUUUCUUCUCUCCUAUACUGGGGGGCUACCUCGCUGACAGGUACGGGCGUAAGGUUGUGGUGGUGGUAACUCAAAUCUUCAUUGCAAUCUUUGCAACCACCAUUGCUUUUCUCAACAACAUGGUAGCCAUACUGACGGUUCGUGUCCUCCUGGGCAUAUUCAAUUUGCUCACCCUCACCGUUUUCACUCUGGAAACAUGUGAACCCAAGCGCCGGGCUCUGCUGGGUAUGUUGCUGGGGGUGCCGUGGGCUCUGGGCACCAUGGCGUGGGGCGGCACGGCCUUCCUCAUUCGAGACUGGCGGUGGCUGCAGCUAGCCGUCUCCCUCCCCCUCCUUGUCAUCCUUCCUGUCUUCUACUUCAUGGAUGAAUCCCCGCGGUGGCUCAUCGUGCGAGGCCGCCACGACCAAGCAGUGCAGGUACUCCGCAAGGCCGCCCGCUGGAAUCGGGUGACGCUGCAGCCAGAGGCCGACCUCCGCGCCCUCAUGAAGGAGAUCCAGGAGGAGUCCGCGACGUACUCGUCAACGCAAGCCAACACAGACAAGAAGACCAAGAAAUUCCGGCUCACUUUGCCCAUCCUGCUCAGCACGCGUGCCAUACGAAUUAUUACUGCCGUGGUCUGCAUUGACUAUUUCGCUGUGAGCUUCGUAUUUGACGGCCUCAACUUGGGCGGGGACAACUACAUCUCUGACCCAUUCCUGUAUAUAACACUGAGCGGCAUGAUUGAGAUUCCGGGUUACCUGUUAGCUGCGCCAAUCAUCAACCGGUGGGGCAGGAGAAUACCCACCGUGCUGAGCUUCGUGUUGGGCGGCGUCGCUAUCACCGUGACUGCCUUCAUCCCGUCAGAGUUACAAGUACUAAGGAUGAGCCUAGCGCUGCUGGGCAAGUGGUGCAUCAGUAGCGUCUAUCAAAUCCUGUACCUGUACGCCUCAGAGCUGUUCCCGACGGAGGUGCGCAUGCAGGGGAUCGGAGUGGCCAGUGUGUCCUCUCAGUUCGCGUCUACCUUCGUGCCCUUCAUCACUAGUCUCCUGGGUCCAGUGUUGCCAUGGCUGACGUCACUCAUUUUCGGCAUGACGGCGGCGACAGCGGGCAUGUUUACCUUGGCGCUGCGGGAGACGAAGGACGUGCCGUUGCCAGACACCGUCGCCGACCUGUCCGUCACCACCGAAGAAGCCAUAGUUCUUACGCGAGAUUCCUGGUCCACCAUGGCUUCCUCCACCAUCUUCUCCGUCACCUCUGCCUCCGCACCAGAAAAGGAUGCGGAGAAGACUAAGAUGUCUAAGCUGCCUUCCAGCCGCCACCUACCUCAGCCCUCCAGACUGCGACCUCCUGGAUCAGCCAUGAAGCGCCUGGGGAGUGACAGUGCUAUAACAUCCCCUGAGAAGCGGUCCAGGCACUCUGGAGAUGCUGAUGACACUGGUAUUAUGUCGAGGCCUCAACACCCUGGAGGCACUCGGGGAGGACGUGGGAGUCUCAGCAGAUCUGUCUCCAUGGCCAACCUAAACUCUGGUGUCACAAGAAAUAGAGGUAUGGCCAAGAGGAACAUGGCAAACUCCAGGAUAGGUGCAUCAACCCUCAACUUGACUGGUCGGCCCUCUAACAUCACUGCUGCCUCGGCCAACCUUGUCCGACAAGGAGCAGGUGCAGUGUCUCGUAGGCCUGGGGCAAACAUCACCAACAGGGUAAACAACACCCAGGAUACUGAUACAGGUCCUGGAGGGGAUGCAGUCACUAAAGCCAAGAAGAAAAGGGCACCAUGGGAUCUGAAAGGACGACUACAAGACAUGGAGGAGCUGGUCAAGUGUAGCACAGUUGAGCGGGAAAACCUGCUGGCCAAGUUCAAUGAUUAUGACAGUCGCAUUCAAAGCCUGGAGGAGGAAAAGCAGAACUUGAACCAAAACUUGCAGCAGUCCCAUUCCACAACUCAAGCCAACCAGGAACAGAUUGAUGCUCUGACUGCUAAGCUCAAUGAAGAAGUAAGGCAGAGAAGCAAUGAAAGACAAGAAUUGGAAAGAAACAUUGAAGAACUGCAAUCCAAGAAAUCUUCCCUUGAGAGGAGGAUCAAGAUGCUGGAAGCAGAUCUUUCAUCCAGGGAAGAUGAGCUGGCAGGUCUUAAGGCCACAGUCUCUAACUUGACAAGUGUCUCAAGUGGCCUUGAGGCUCAACUGAGCUCUACAAAACUGCUACUGAAUGACCGCAAUAAGAGGGUGGCUGAUCUAGAAGCUGAGACUUCCACUCAAGCUAGUACUAUAACUAUCCUGGAAAAGAAGCUGUUGGAGGGUGAGACUUUCCGCAGGAAGCUCCACAACCAAGUCCUGGAGUUAAAGGGUAACAUUAGAGUUUUCUGUCGGGUACGUCCUCUGAUAGGAGAGGAAAUCAAGAACAAUGGGGAUUCCAGUGACAUUCAUCACAUUAAUUUUCUUGAUGAACGUACUCUUGAGCUUUGUAAAGGUGGAGAUGUGAACAGCAGCACUAUGUCUGGCCUCAAGGGGCGAGGAAAUGGUCACUUGGAAUUCACGUACGACAAGGUGUUCACCCCGUGUGCAACCCAAACAGAAGUGUUUGAGGAGAUUUCUCAGUUGGUCCAGUCAGCCCUGGAUGGCUAUAAUGUGUGUGUGUUUGCUUAUGGUCAGACUGGAUCAGGCAAGACCUUCACCAUGGAAGGCUGCCCAGAUAGUGAGGAACUGGAGGGUGUCAUCACCAGAACAGUGAGACAUGUGUUUACUUCAAUGAAGGAACUCAAAGAUAAGGGUUGGACUUACACUGUUGAGGCCAGUUUCCUGGAGAUCUACAAUGAGACCAUCAGAGACCUGCUGGUGUCAUCAAAAGAGGCCAAGAAUCUGACAUAUGACAUAAAAUUGGUGGACAACAAAAAGAAUGAUACUUAUGUCACAAAUCUUAAGAUUGUCCCUGUGUUAGAUGAAACUCAGGUGCACCAGCUGCUGAGGAUGGCACAACAACAGCGUGCUGUGGCAGCCACCAACAUGAAUGAACACUCCUCUCGGUCUCAUUCAGUCUUCCGCCUUAAACUUGUGGGAGAGAACUGUAGGACCUCGGAGUCUUGUGAAGGAACCCUGAACCUGGUGGACUUGGCUGGGUCUGAACGAUUGAAGGAAUCUGGUUCAGAAGGCGCCAGACUUACAGAGACUCAAAAUAUCAACCGGUCUUUGUCCAAUCUGGGCAAUGUCAUCAUGGCACUUGCACAGAAACAAGGCCACAUUCCUUACCGCAACUCCAAGCUGACCCAUCUUCUACAAAACUCCCUUGGUGGCAACUCCAAGACCCUGAUGUUUGUGAAUGUCUCUCCAGUAGACUUAUGCUAUAGUGAAACUCUUAAUUCCCUUCGGUUUGCCACCAAAGUGAAUCAGUGUCACAUAGGUACUGCCAUAAAACAGGUGAAGAAGUAAAGCCACCCCCUAUUUUAUAUUUAGGGUUCUACCAUACAUGAAUAUUAUUACAUGCUGCUGGAUUUUCUCUUCUUAACCUGUCUUUCAAAAAUAUAUUGAUUUAGGUUUUAUAAUUGUAUUUAGCAAUAUGUAUGCAUAGCCAAUCACUGUUUUUAUAUAUAUUUCAAUGUAGCAUUAGCCAUUGGCAACACUUUGUUUAGAAUUCAAAGUGUAUUGUUUUGACACAUUUCUCUUAAUAAAAGACUACUCAUAAUCC